UUGACCGGUAGACACUACACAUACACAUGAUUUGGUCCCCAAGUAAGUUACUAGGGUUUUAGAAGCCAGCAGCAGUAGGCAAAAAUGUCGAGUUCCAUGAUGACGCUCUCAAGGAGGCUCUAUUGCUCUCUGCUUCGAACCCCCAAUGCAUAUCGCCACUUCUCCACCGAUCACCUUUUCGACUCGGACGAGGCCGACUCAGCACCCGACCCACCCGCACCCGACGCCGUUCAAGAAGAAGAAAAGUUCGUCAUCGAUCGCCCCCUCGAGAAUGGCCUCGACGUUGGCAUCUACAGGGCUAUUCUGGUAGGGAAGGCGGGGCAGGCUCCUUUGCAGAAGAAGCUUAAGAGUGGCACCUCCGUCACUCUUCUCUCCGUCGGCACCGGAGGGAUUCACAACAACCGCAGGCCUCGCGUCGACGAGAACCCUAAGGACUAUGCCAAUCGCUCUGCCAUUCAGUGGCAUCGUGUCUCCGUUUAUCCUCAGAAAUUGGGAGACCUUGUCACCAAACACGUUGUUCCCGGUUCAAUGCUGUACGUGGAGGGGAACCUCGAGACCAAAUGCUUCACCGAUCCGAUAACCGGCAUUGCCCGCCGAAUUCGAGAAAUUGCUGUUCGACGAAAUGGUCGCAUUGUAUUUUUAGGUGAAGGCGGUGAUGCUGAGCUGCAGACACUGCCAAAAGACCUGAGAGCUGUUGGCUAUUACUAACGUUAGAUGCUUGAAAUGGGAACAUUGCAUUUAGUUCAUAAUGGAGAUUUUUCUAUUUUGUAAUUAUACUCUGAUUUUUUACCGCAAAUUUGGAAUUAUUUCGCAGACAUUUGUCAUGAGGGAAACUCUAGGUUUGAGCGAUCUUGUAGUUUCUACGUGUAAUUCAUAAUCAGGGAAUAUAGAGCUCAACCUUCCUGAUUUUGUAUGUUGGUAAACUUGUGGUAGGGCAAGUAUUUCAAUUUUCUCUUUGGUUUUAAAUUGGAGGAAUGAUUGCUUUAUGCUCAGAUUUUGGACA